CAAGGCGGCCGGCAGCGGGGACAUGGCACCGAGGAGCCACCGAGAGGGGGGGACUCUUCUCGACACGCCACACCGAGGCAGGAGAGCCGCUUCCAGCUGAACAUGUCGACCCCUUCCCCCCACGCUUUACUCAUUUUUAACUUUUAACAGCGGAAGAGAGACGACUUAAAUGACAUCCACGCGUUUUUGAUACCUGCGGCUAAAGUGCCACACCUUCCCUGUAGCUCGACAGCUCCGCGACACAGCUGGCCAAAUGGGGUGCCGAUGCUGCAGGAUGAUCAAAAGCUACAUCUACGACCCCUCGGUGGGGGUGGAUGUGAGGAAGUCCGACUCGGCGGGUAGCUCCCUCUACCAGCCCCAGCACCUGUCGGGGGGCGUCCCCGACCCGCCGACCCCCCACCGGAACCAGAAGCAGGGCUUCCACAACCUGGGCUACAGCAAGUCCAACGACAGCACGCUGAAGCUGGAGGCGGACAACAACCACGUCAACUACAAGCUGCACGCCGCUCCCUCGCCCUCGCCCGGGGAGGCGGGGCUGUACAUCAUCCAGCCGGACGCCGUGGGGCCCAGGUGGGUGAUGCAGGAGAGGAUCGCCAGCCAGGUGCCGGUCUACCCCAACAUACGGGAUUACGAGACGCAGAGGAGCGGCGAGCGGGGCCGCCACGAGGCGGGGAGCGGCUGGGACGGCUCCGGGAUCACCGGCAAGAGCGUCUCCACGGACGAGAUCGACGAAGGCGUGGGCGGGACGCCGGAGUACCCGUGCGACACGGGGGACGAGGGCAGCGUCCUGUCGGUGGACAUCCACACCAGCACCACCAGCCUGUCCUCCGCCGACACCAAGGACGAGCCGCCGAAGACCCCGGACGCCUCCACGCUGGAGAGCGGGAUCUCCGUGGCCAAGAGCGAGGACGAGGUGGAGGUGGGGGACCGGGCCCGGAGGGAGGCGGACGAGGUCGAGAGCGUCACCGAGUCCAUGGUGGCCGAGGCGCUCGCCGCUUUGGAAGCCGCCACCGCCGGGGAGGAGUGCGAGUGACGGACCUCUGGUUUUCCUCUCGUCACGGGGAAAAAAAAACAAACCCCAAAAAAACUCAAUAAAUUUGAGAGAACAUCUAAAAAACCACCAUGAAAUUCCGCCACAGUUCUUAACAA